GCAUGUUCGUUCCUUUCCCCUCUUGUGUUUUUUUGUCAUGUACGACUGGAACAAGAUCCGAGAUUGGGGGGUGUCGUCGCACUGUUGCUCACCACGUCACCGUUGUCAAUGGGUUGUGGUACACGUCGACUGCACCAUCAUUGUAGAGGGUGGAAUGGCCCAGCUGUGCUCCAUUGGUUGCUUAUGAGCUUGCUGUGUGGCAGCCAUUUUUCAGUCCUGUUUCUUCCCUGCAGUGGGUAUCCUUGCAGACCAGCGCACGACACUUCGUGCCAGGCCUACGCGGUGUAUGAUGUGAGGCCGGGUGACAGGGUGCAGGAUAUCAGUAAGCUCUUCGAUGAUGACUACCGAGAUGUGGCAUCGGUGAACAAGUUGGAUCUGGGUAAUUUGACUUUACUCCCCGAUCAGCAACUGUACAUCCCACUCACGUGCCAUUGCGACGAAAGGAACGCUGUCUUCUACGCGACUGUCAAUCAUGUCAUAGCAUUCGAUGGCGAAACAAUUGAGAGUAUUGCAUCCGUUCUUUUUCAAAACUUGUCACAUGCACAAGAGAUUGUGAAUGCCAGCGGCCUGACGCAUGGUGUAGCCGUGCAGCCCGGGCAGACCGUAAGUGUGCCCAUUCGUUGUGGAUGCAAUUCGACAGCGCUCUUAUCAGUCAGGACACCAUCUUUUUUGACCUACGUUGUCGGAAAUGACACUGAUGUCCGAAGCAUUGCGCAGACAUUCAGAAGCAGUGAAAGACUUAUCCUUGAAGCCAAUGCAGGGGCUCAGGCAGACCUACCGCUUGACCCUGGUACCCGGCUGGUUAUCCCCGCAUACUUGUCAUUUCCUACUAGAUCUGAUGAGGGGUCGAGAGCCCGAGCACGCAGUUCGGGGGGAGAUCCAUCACUAUCCAUCGCCACAGAGCCACCGGCCUACCCUAGAAAUGGAGUGCGGGGAGGUGCAUCCGGAGCGGAAGAUACAACGAGCACCCAAGCGAACGGCACCACAAACACGGCAUCGGUUCCGAUGGACACACCUGGCAAGGGGAAAACAGGUCAUGAUCCAGCCAUUCCUUUUGAGCUAAUCAUUGGUAUCCUUGCAGGGACAACGGUCGUGCUCAUGUUGGCAAUCAUAUGUGCCAUGAUAUACAUAGCACGAAGAGUAGCCAAGGGAACAAGUGUGCGCACUGCUGCUGCCGAUUGGGAGAGGAGAGAAUGGGCAGAAUGGAGCACAGAAUCUGCAGCGAGAUGGCAGCUAAGCGUCAUUGGAUCAAGAGCUCUUCCGGUGACAAGGGCAUCUGCAACACUGCCAGUCCCGCAACUGAUGAACACCUUCCGGAGGAGGGACAUUAUCCACACAUCAAUCAGCAACACUUCCUCACUGGAGGGGUUUUCUUCUCACGGAGGAAACUGCGCCAAGUUCAUUCCCGGGGUCGAUAAUGGGAGUGGUGGUAAUGUGGGACGAACUGUCGAAGCCAGUGCCAGUCCGCACAAGUCCGCAGCCGCUAUGGUGUCUCCAUCGUUGAGUGUGUUCACUUACAAAGACCUGAUGAAGGCCACAGAUCACUUCAGCGAGCUCAAGAAGAUUGCGGAAGGAAGUUAUGGGUCCACGUACCGUGGCCUUCUCGAAGGACGAGAUGUCACAGUGAAAAAGUUGAAGAAGUCCAAAGCCGAACAGUUCCAGUCGGAGAUGGAGGUGAUGAGCCGAGUUCAUCACUGCCAUGUCCUGGCGCUUGUGGGUUAUUGCGUGGAUCGUUGCCUGAUGCUCGUGCACGAGUUUGCAGAAAAGGGGUCCCUCAACAGGCACCUUCAUUCUCCUUCCAGGAAUGGUUUCCUGCCUCUGGCGUGGAGUGUAAGGGUGCAGAUUGCUGUUGACAUUUCCUCCGCCCUGGAGUACCUUCACGAGCGCAGCUGGCCUGGUUUUAUCCAUCACAGCAUAAGUUCCAGAAAUAUUUUUCUCGACAAGAACAUGCGCGCAAAAACUGCAAACUUUGGACUGAGCAAGCGGAUUGACUGGAAGGAUGAUUCCACCCUUAGCUUAGCCGUCAACACAGCCGAACUACCAGACGUUGUUGGCUACAUGGCACCAGAAUGCCUGAAGCUUGGCCAAGUGUCCACAAAAGCCGAUGUGUACUCCUUUGGCGUUGUUCUUCUUGAGCUUCUAAGCGGGCAGGAGGCUGUCAGUUGUGCGGCAGGCAGCCACAUCGUACAGCUCUCUGGAGGGCUGCACUGUGAGAGUUGGGCCCUCGAUUACAAUGGAUCCAGCUCAACUGUGGUUGCUGAAACAUCAGGGUCUUUUGCGGAAUCGGAUUUCGGUUCAACCCCCCCAGAUUCGUCCUCAGAACUCAGGGCAAAGAGGCCUGUCAUACAGAAACGUGUACUGGAUGUAGAAAUAAGACCCUACAAAACUGCAAAGACGAGAUUGAAUCGGAUGGGGAAACGACAAGGAGAGGGGACGAAGCAACACCCCCCUGGCAAUGAAGGCUGUGAAAAUAGUAAUCGCUAUUUGGAAAACACAACAAACUCUGGCGGGAAGAAGGAAGACGCCUGUGGCAAGAUCCUAUCAGUUAACGGAAGCAAGCUUCGCCUUCGAGGGCUCACUGUGGAGGUCUUAGCCGACCUCUCUGGACCUUCGUCUUGCAAGCCUGUGCUCAGCUCCUCUGUGGAAAACUCUGCCAGCGCCAUCCCCACGCAAGAAGAACCCGCCAAUUCAACAACAGGAAGCAUGAUUGCUGUGAGCGUGCCGAGCUCAGACCCAUUGCCUCCUUGCCCACACAGUGUGCAGGCAUCAGCGAAUGAUGGAUGUGCAGUGCCCACGAAGGGAAAGGCGAAGUCGGUGGCGGCCUUUUCAAAACACGGCAAAGAGGUCAAGAUUGGGAUAGGAAAGCCAAGAAAAGCAGAUAUCGCUGCAGGCAGCAAUAAGAAACCAGUUCAUGCCCUCGCGAUGACAAGCAGUCACAGAAAGGGGCCCCGAUCGCGCAAGGUUGCAGGGAAGAAAUAUGAGAACAAAAGGAGAGGUGAUGGGGUGAAGCUGCUGGGCGCAGCCACCGAGGGUACUAGUCCUAUCUUGCGAAACUCGGCAGUUCAGCGCAUGCUAAGGUGUUCCCUUGUCAGCUGGAUUGUGCCAGCAAUCCGGUCUCUUGGAUCACCUGCUGACGUCGUGUGCUUGGUCGAUCCAGACAUGAGGGGCCAAUACCCUCCGGAAGUGGUUGCCAAGAUGGCUGAUCUUGCGGUGCGUUGCGUUCAGGAGAAUCCCCAGGCGCGGCCAAAUAUGUCACGUGUGGCAUAUGAGUUGGAUGAGAUUUUGCUAUUGACGAGGCGCUGGGAGGCGCUACAGUGCAAGGCCCAGCCGGAGAACCACAGCCGCGUCGUCGUAAGGCUUCAAGGGUCACGUGAAUCAGAGAAAAGCGAGGUCUCGGGCAUGGGCCAGCAGAAUGUGGUUCUCUGGGCCUCUACUGUGGGCCCAGAUGUUUCUACAGACGGCGAAGGUAGCAUAUCCCGUCCGCAGCUCCAGAGAUGAGUGUAUAGUCUGUAUAGAGUUAACAGGACUGCUCAUUGUUAGGGCUGACCUAGAAACCUGAUGACAUUAGCGCAUUUUGGAUGAUGCUGUUUCUACUGACCAGUCAAUCUUAUCAACAUGUCCGUGCUGUGGUCGUUCACGCGAAGAACGGACCACCACUCCUAACUUGAUACCUGGCUGCAGUGAGGAAGUACUCUUGCGGGCCCCCAUGUACAUAAAUAUGCUAGGUGAUAUCGAUCGGCACAGUAUUUAUUUACCAGCUGUGGCCUCAGGUGGGCAGGGAUGUGAAAUGCAAUCCAGUCGCUUCAUAACUGCAAGGGAACAGAAGCAGUGCUUCUCAAGGAUCCAGCCGAGCAUCG